AGUCUACAUAGUAGACUUGGGAUCAUUACAAUAGUCUAUACUCUAUAGACACCCUCUCAAGUCCCCUCUUCCCUCCAGUCCACGGAACACACUCCGCUCCAUUUCGGACUCCGAGCAUUCUCCAGCCGAGGUAGAGACGUGCGCUGCGGAGAGAGCGUCUGCAUUUAUUCGUGUCUUUUUUCUUAUCCGCGAUUUCUCCGUCCUUCAAAACCCUAACAAAGCGAAACAAUCGGCCUGCACCAAUCAUCGCAAAUAAGGUAGCAUUUCUGAUCAAAAGAUGGGAACAACUGAUCACGGUGAUGAAAGUGGUUCUGCGCCUUUGCUGGCCUCACCACCAAUUGUACAUUCAAAUACAGGGCCAGAACAAGUUGACCAACCUAAACGGUCUAUUAUGACAAGGCCUGGGUUUGGGACUUCUGGACGACGCAUCAAUUUGCUUGCAAACCAUUUUAAAGUUUCUCUGAAGUGCCCUGAUGAAAUAUUUUACCAGUAUAGUGUUACAAUUAGUUUUGAUGACAAGAGUGCUGUUAACAGCAGAGGAAUUGGGAGAAAAAUCAUGGAUAAACUUUAUCAGACAUAUUCUUCUGAAUUUUCUGGGAAGAGGUUUGCUUUUGAUGGAGAAAAAUGUUUGUAUGCAGUGGGACCCCUACCACAGAACAACAUGAAGUAUACUGUAGUUCUUGAAGAGUCUAUUGCUAAACAUGGAUGCCCUGAUGAGUCGGUUAAAAGGUUGAAGUGCUCUUUACAACCAAAAAUUUUCAUAGUGGAGAUCAGUUAUGCUGCUAAGAUACCUUUGAGGUCUGUAUGUCUUGCCCUUCAAGGAGCUGAUUCUGAACACGUUCAAGAUGCACUCAGGGUCCUUGACAUUAUACUGCGACAACAAGCAGCAAAUAGAGGGUGCCUUUUGGUUGGGCAAUCCUUCUUUCAUGAUGACUCAAGAAAUUUCACUGAAAUUGGAGGGGGUGUAAGUGGUUGUUGGGGAUUCCAUUCUAGCUUUCACCCAACUCAUGGUGGCUUGUCCCUCAAUAUGGAUGUCUCUACCACUCUGAUACUGACACCGGGACCUGUAGUUGAUUUUUUGCUUGCAAAUCAGGGUGUAAAGGAACGUCGGUAUAUUGACAUUGACUGGGCAAGAGCAAAAAAAAUGUUAAAAAAUAUGAGGGUUAAAGCUACGCAUAGCAACAGGGAAUUUAAAAUCACAGGCUUAAGUGAGCUGCCUUGCAAUAAGCAAUUUUUUUCAAUGAAAGUGAAAAAUGGUGGUGGUUCACAUGAUUGUGGGGAGGUGAUGGAGAUUACUGUUUCUGACUACUUCACUAAGCACCGUAAUAUAGAACUCACAUAUUCUGCAUUUAUGCCAUGCCUUGAUGUUGGAAAGCCAAAAAAGCCAAUCUACCUGCCAUUGGAGCUAUGCUCCUUGGUGUCUCUUCAAAGAUACACAAAGGCACUAUCUUCAUUGCAAAGAGCGUCUUUAGUUGAAAAAUCAAGGCAGAAGCCUAUCGCAAGAAUUCAAGUUGUAACUGAUGCAGUGAAAAACUAUUGCUAUGAUGAUGAUCCACUUCUCGCUGCUUGUGGAAUUUCAACUGAAAAGCAGCUUAUGCAAGUUGAGGGCCGGGUCCUUGAUGCACCAAAGUUAAAGGUUGGUAAUGGUGAAGAUUGCAUUCCUCGUAAUGGCAGGUGGAACUUCAACAAUAAGCAAGUUUUGAAACCUUCACGGAUUGAGCGCUGGGCAGUGGUCAACUUCUCUGCACGUUGUGAUACAAGUCAUCUUUCAAGGGAGCUGAUUAGCUGUGCAAGGAACAAAGGCAUUCAUAUGGAACGGCCACACACUCUUGUUGAGGAAGAUCCCCAGUAUCGACGAUCUGGUCCUAUAGUUCGGGUGGAAAAGAUGUUUGAACUGAUAAUGUCCAAGCUCCCUGCCCCUCCUCAGCUUCUUCUUUGUGUCUUGCCAGAGCGCAAAAAUUCAGAUAUAUAUGGACCUUGGAAGAAAAAAUGCUUGACAGAUGUUGGUAUUGUCACGCAAUGUGUUUCCCCAACAAAGAUUAAUGACCAUUACCUUACAAAUGUUCUUCUCAAAAUCAAUACUAAGCUUGGAGGGACCAAUUCGUUGUUGGCAAUAGAGCAAAUGCCCGCUAUACCUAUAGUUCAGGACACUCCAACGAUGAUUUUGGGCAUGGAUGUGUCUCAUGGAUCUCCCGGACAAUCAGAUGCUCCAUCCAUUGCUGCGGUGGUUGGAUCUCAAUAUUGGCCAUUGAUAUCAAAAUACAGGGCAGCUGUUAGAACUCAAUCUCCAAAGGUAGAAAUGAUAGAAUCUUUAUUCAAGCCUUUAGCAAAUGGCGAGGAUGAUGGUAUCAUGAGAGAGAUGCUUUUGGAAUUUUAUCAAACAAACAAUGGGCGUAAACCAGCCCACAUCAUUGUUUUCAGGGAUGGUGUUAGUGAAUCACAAUUUAGUCAAGUUCUAAACAUAGAGCUGGAUCAGAUGAUCAAGGCCUACCAGCAUCUAGGUGAGGUUAAAGUUCCCAAAUUUACUGUAAUUGUGGUCCAGAAGAAACACCACACAAGGGUAUUUCAAGCUGGUGCCCCAGAAAAUGUUCCGGCAGGUACAGUUGUCGACACAAAAGUAGUGCAUCCAAGAAGCUAUGACUUUUACAUGUGUGCUCAUGCAGGGGUGAUUGGGACUACUCGACCUGCCCAUUACCAUGUCUUGUGUGAUGAAAUUGGCUUCUCUCCUGAUGGCUUGCAAAACCUAGUCCAUUCACUAUCAUAUGUGUGUCAAAGGGGCUCUGCAGCCAUAUCAAUAGUUGCACCUGUCUAUUAUGCCCACUUAGCCGCCCGCCAGGUGGGACAGUUUGUCAAGUUUGAGGAUCCCUCCGAAACUUCUUCCGAACAGAAGAGCAUCACUACAGUCCCGGAGCUGCCCAGGUUGCACGAGGAGGUUGACAACUCCAUGUUCUUCUGCUGAAUUGACAAUAACAUUGUCUUUGUUGUUCUGUUGAUGAAAGCUGUAGAUACCCAAGCAAGAUUAUAGCAUCCGGAAGGGUAACAAAGUGUUUUUGCCCGGCAUGUAGUCAUAGGAAUUAGGAAAGUAAAUUUAAUGUGCUAUAUAGUAUGAGUAGAUAGAUUUAAGGUCUAACUUCUGACAAUCCAUU